AUGCCGGUUGACAACACAACUGUCAUCUCCAAACCAGAGCCUGAAUUUUUCGCUUUGAAGCCUGGUGAAAAAUUCGUCUAA